CUGUCACCUUCACAGGUUGCUUGUCCCAUUCCUUGUCCACAGGUUCUUAUCUCACACUCUUCACAUUUGACCGAUUACCAUUCUUGCUUUUAGCAGCCGUUGCUCGUCCGAUCCUCAGUUUUUGUUGAGAAUAGCGGAUCCAUGGCUCCGAUGGCGCACGAGGAGCAGGAGGAGCAGCGCGGGUUCUCGUUCGAGCUGUGUCGCCGAAACGAGUAUCUCGGGAAGCAGGGGGUGAAGCUACCGGGGUUCCUCAAGACCGGCACAACCAUCGUCGGCGCCGUCUUCAAGGAUGGCGUGGUGCUGGGAGCGGACACAAGAGCUACUAACGGGGCGAUUGUAGCGGAUAAGAACUGCGAGAAGAUUCACUACAUGGCGCCCAACAUCUACUGCUGCGGCGCUGGCACCGCCGCUGACACCGCGUUUGUCACGGAGAUGGUGGGAGGGCAGCUGGCGCUGCAUCGCCAGGCCACGGGCAGGCAGUCGCGGGUCGUCAGCGCGCUCACCAUCCUCAAGCAGCACCUCUUCUCCUACCAGGGGCACAUCUCAGCAGCACUGGUCCUAGGAGGCGUGGAUGUAACGGGCCCUCAGCUGUACACGAUCUAUCCGCAUGGCAGCACGGACCGCCUGCCCUUUGGCUCCAUGGGUUCUGGCUCCCUGGCUGCUAUGGCGAUUCUUGAGUCGCAGUACAAGGAGAACAUGGCGAAGGAAGAGGCGGUGGCGCUGGUGGCAGCAGCCAUCCGAGCGGGUAUAUUCAAUGACCUCGGGAGUGGCAGCAACGUCGACAUCAACGUCAUUACUAAGGAGGGAGUGGAGGUCCGCAGAAAUUACGAGAAGCCCACACCGCGCACGUACAGGGCAACGGGCUACAAGUUCCCUCCCGGCACAACAAAGGUGUUGACCACCAAAGUCCAAGACCUUAGACGGCUCGUGUCUGUGGUGGAGGGGGAUUCGAUGGAAGAAUAACAGCGCAAUUCAGUCUUCCUUGUUGAACCAAUAUAGUGUAGUGAUUGUACUAUUGUGGUGCUUUAUGGUGUCCAAGUUCCAUAUUCCUGCAACAUAGUCAUGCGCUUCUCAAAUGAUCAACUGGAGCAUGCUUGGCAAGGCAAGAUUGACAUGACAUCUUUAUAUAACCCACAAGCAAUCCAGUGUCACUUCCUGGUGUGUGUAUGUCAUAGUCAGGGCUGAUUUCAUCAGACUAAUUACUCUGAUU